AUGGGCUCGAUUCACCACGAUCCAAUUCAGUGGGGUUUCCGCAGCGGUAUCGAAGGAAACGCUGCGAAUCAGCCGCUUUUCGUCGUCGAGGGAGCGAGUGAUGGAGAUGUCCUCCAGUGGCGGAGGAUAAUACAGAGCGAGAGACACAAGCACGCAGAAGCAGAAACGAGAGCGAAGGAUGGAGAAGAAGAAGAGACGGCCGGUGGAUACGAACGGCAAGAGGAUGGAUGGAACGUCUUAUUUAGCAGCAUGACGAGGGAGGAAUUCGCCAAGGGACGGGACGGUGCAGCAGCGGCAGGGAGGAACAAACCUACCUACAGGCUUUGGGUUCUCCCGCUCUCCCAGUCGAGACCAGAGUCAGCGCCCUCCCAGUCUCCAUAUGGCUGGCUGGUACUGUCUUGCCUGAGUCUCGUCUGCUGUCUGAUUGUCUGCGGGGGCCGGGCGUAUGACGUGUGA